ACUGGCAGCCCUGUGCUUCCUAGAGAGACUGACACCAAAUUUUUCUGAGGCUAGAGGAGGGUAGGGGGUGUCUCAAGACAACACGGCCCCACAGGGGCGUGCCAGGAGCACCAACAGUGCCCCUAGCUUUCUUUCCUCCUCCCUCCUUUUUAUUCGCAAGUUCCUUUUUAUUUCUCCCUUGCGUAACGCCCUUCUUCCCUUCUGCACCACCGCCUGCACCCCCACCCUCCCGCCACCUCCUUGCCAUCCACUCCUGAGACCACAGCUGUUGGCAGGGUCCCCAGCUCAUGCCAGCUUCAUCUCCUUCCUCGCUAGUCCCCAAAGGGCACCGGGGAGACAUGGGGAGCCAGAUCCGAGAGCCGGCACUCUCAGUUGCCCUCUGGUUGAGUUGGGGGGCGGCUCUGGGGGCUGUGGCUUGUGCCAUGGCUCUGAUGACCCAACAAACAGAGCUGCAAACCCUAAGGAGAGAGGUGACCCGGCUGCAGAGGACUGGAGGGCCCUCUGAGAAGGGGGAAGGGUAUCCAUGGCUGAACCUCCGGGAGCAGAACCCUGAUGGCCUGGAAGCCUGGGAUAAUGGAGAGAGAUCCCGGAAAAGGAGAGCAGUGCUCACUCAUAAACAGAAGAAGAAGCACUCAGUUCUGCACCUUGUUCCCAUUAACAUUACCUCCAAGGAGGACUCUGAUGUGACAGAGGUGAUGUGGCAACCAGCUCUUAAGCGCGGGAGAGGCCUGGAGGCCCAAGGAUAUAUUGUUCGAGUCUGGGAUGCUGGAGUUUAUCUGCUGUACAGUCAGGUCUUGUUUCAUGAUGUGACUUUCACCAUGGGUCAAGUGGUGUCUCGGGAGGGCCAGGGAAGGCAGGAGACUCUAUUCCGAUGUAUACGAAGUAUGCCCUCCAACCCAGACUGGGCCUACAAUAGCUGCUACAGUGCAGGUGUCUUCCAUUUACACCAAGGGGAUGUUCUGAGUGUCAUAAUCCCCCGAGCAAGAGCAAAACUUAGCCUCUCUCCAGAUGGAACCUUCCUGGGAUUUGUGAAACUAUGAUUGUGAUUAAAGGUGGUUCUGGGCUUGGAAGACCAGGGUGCGUACAUAUUGGAGACAAACGAGCUGACUAGACAAAGGACAGGGAAUAGGUAGAACAGAGGCCUCUUCUGGGUUUGACUGGAACUCUGGGUAUGACAGCUCAUGACUGUUUCUUUUUCCCUUUCUACCCCCACCUCCACGACUUUGAUUUCACGGAUAUUAAAGAGGUAGAAUAUCUUACUUUUAUCCCCCAUCCAGCUCCAAAUUCUUGGAGCUUUGAAGGGGUAAGGAGAGAAUGCCAGGAAUUGUCUAGACCUGCUUUGGGUCCCACUGGAAUGCUUCCAGAACAGCAUCACCAUCUAGCGGCAGGUUGAGAGAAUCAUCCUGUCUGUUGGCAGAAGUCCACAAAGUCUCCCUCCAAGUACUCUCUGCCUCUUCAACCCACAAGAAGCCUCAUCUUCACUUCCCUCUAUUGGGCCUCAGUUUCUAUCACUUUCUCCAGAGGUGUAUUUAUUAUGGACCCGUCUGCAGGGGUUGCCCCAUGACGACGACGGUCCCCUUGCCGCCACAUUACUCUUCGGGUCCCAAGUUUUGCCUUUCAAGUUCUGCAUUCCCCUGGAGUGGCAGGCCACUCCAAGUUCCUCUGGGCUGACACGGGUCACCAGUGAGCCUCAGAUGAAUCGUACGCCCUGAUUCUAGUCCAGCUUCACUCCUCUGACCUCUUUCUGCUCAAGCUCUGCUUAAAGUUAAAUAAAAGAGAAUAAAUGAUGCCUCGGAUCCAUUUCCCCCAUUGCUUUGCCUGAGCCCUGUCCCUCUUCUUGGAUCUCCUGCUCCACCACACCCCUUCCCCUGCUCUCCCGUGCUCUCGCCUAGCACGCCCCACUACACCAAAGCCACCCGAGCCUGGGUGCUUUAGGGCCUAGAGCGUCGAGAACCA